AUGCAGGUGAUGCACAUGACUGAUUAUAUGUCAAUGAUCUUUGAAACAAUGGAUUUGGUGCACGCAUCGCCCGCUACGGUUUCUCGCUGCGGCAUGAUCUAUGUGGAACCAGUUGUUCUCGGUUGGGAACCUCUCCUGGAAUCGUGGCUUCUAGGAUUAAAUCCAAUUUGGGCAGCAAAUCAACAUAAAGUCAUAAACGAGUUGUUCUAUUGGCAAAUAAAUCUUUGCUUAGAAUUCAUCAGAAAAGAAUGUCGGACAACUAUAAGCGCCGGACAAAUUCAUCGCGCAGUGUCAACCAUGUCGAUCUUCCAAAUGCUGAUAGAAGAUGCCGUAGAGGAAAAUCCAAAAACAUUUGAUCAAUAUUUAGUAAUUUGGUUUCAGGCAGCCUUAAUUGUCUCGAUGGUGUGGGGUGCGGCCGGUACUUUAGACCUUGAAUCUCGACAAAAAUUUGAUGCAUUUUACCUAAGAAUGUGGAAAGGAGAAUACCCGGAAUCACCUUUACCCACUAGUGUGUUUGUCGAUCCUAUCUCCCUGCCAAGUGAGGAUUCGAUUCACGAUCAGUAUUACAGUUUUCGUGGCAAAGGAUCUUGGAAACUCUUUUCCGACGCUGCAAAGGCUGAGCCUAUUCUAGAUACAGAGAGUAUUACGAGCACAAUUAUUCCAACGACUGAUAUAAUCAAGUAUCAAAAUAUUAUGUCAAUGCAUAUCAAACAUCAAAGGUGUUUUCUACUUUAUGGUGAUACUGGUACUGGCAAAAGCCUUUAUUUAAAAGAUUUAUUAACUAAUAAGCUUAAGGAGGAUGAAUAUCUGCCCAAUCUUAUUACUUUUGCACCAAGAAUCACAGCAGCACAAACACAAGAAUUAGUGCUGUUAAAACUGCAUAAAAAACGAGGAAAUCAAUAUGCGCCACCAAUAGGCAAGCGUUGCGUUAUUUUUGUUGACGAGGUAAACAUGCCAGCAAAAGAAAUUUUUGGGGCUCAACCGCCAAUCGAGCUAUUGCGUCAAUUUCUUGAUCACGGUAUUUGGUUUGAUUUGAAGAAGCCAGAAGCUCUCACUAUUUUGGACACUAUGCUUGUGUGUGCAAUGGCAUUGCCUGGUGGUAGCAGACAGGAAAUUUAUCGGCGGUUUUUGCGUCACUUCAAUCUGUUUAAUGUAUGCAAAUUUUCGCGUGAUAGUUUCUUUAGAAUUUUUACAAACCUUGCAUUUAUUGGGCUAAAACGAAAUGGUUUUACUGCUGGUGUAUUGCCGAUCAUUAAUGACAUAGUAAAUGCCACCUUGCGUGUUUUUGAUGCCGCAAUCAAUUAUUUACGACCGACACCAUUGAAACCUCACUAUCUUUUCAACGUGCGUGACUUUGUACGAGUGAUAAUUGGUUGCACAUUAUUAAGAAAAGAAUCUGUGGAUAGCAGCAGAACAGUUUUUGGUAGAUUAUGGGUGCAUGAAAUGCUUCGAGUUUUUGGCGACCGUUUAAUUGACCAAUCUGACCGAAACUGGCUGUUUUUUACAAUCAAAGAUACGGUGGAAACUAUUUUAAAAGAACGUUUUGACUAUAUGUUUGAUUAUUUACCCAAAAUCGAAAAUGAAAUUACAGUGACGAGCUUGGAUGACUUAAUAUUUAGCUUCAUGGAUGUUGAAGCUGCACCAGAAGAUCAGCGAUAUGAAGAAAUUCCUUCAGUAGAAGAGUAUCAACAAGUAACUUCUUUGUUUCUCGAGGAAUACAAUGACACUCAUCGCGAUAAGAUUGACAUCGUACUUUUUCGUUAUGCGCUUAAGCAUCUCGCCAGAAUUUGCCGUGUUUUGGCGAUUCCACGCGGGAACAUGUUAUUAGUCGGUACUGGUGGUUCAGGAAGACAGAGUUUGACAAAACUUUCUGCCGCAAUAAAAAAAUACAAUCUUUGUCAGCCAGAGAUCAGUAGUAUAUAUGGCAUGCAGGAAUGGCGAGAGGAAAUUAAAAACGUUCUCAGGAACUCCGGUGGCAUUGGCAAGGAUCUUAUAUUUCUACUAGCCGAAGAGCAAAUUCGAGAUGAAGCUUUUCUAGAUGACAUUAAUAGCUUGCUCAAUGAUGGUGAAGUUCCAAAUCUUUUUACGAUUGAAGAAAGACAAGAGAUCAUUGAGAUGACACGAUUGGCUGCUCAAGGCGGUAAAAACAUCGAUAUUUCUGUACUGGCUGUGCUGUUGUACUUCGUUAAUCGUUGUCGCGAAAAGUUACAUUUGAUACUAUGUUUAAGUCCAAUUGGUGAUGCCUUCAGAAUUCGUUUACGAAUGUAUCCAAGUUUAGUGAAUUGCUGCACUAUUGACUGGUUCGAAGAAUGGCCAGAGGAUGCGCUCGAGCAGGUAGCACAUCGCAACAUCGCCGAUGUCGAGCUUAGCGAAAAUAUCAAGCUUGAAGCCAUAACCAUCUGUAAGUUCUUCCAUGUUUAUGCAAAAGAAAUGAGUACAAGAUUCUACGAAGAAACUAGUAGGAAAACUUAUUUCACAACUACCUUAUUCCUCGAUCUUGUGCGAAUGUUUUCUAAUCUGACAACGGAAAAACGGCGGGAACUCGCUUUCAAUAGAGAACGAUACCUCAACGGUCUCGAUAAAUUGGAAUAUGCAGCUGAGCAAAUUUCUCAGAUGCGUAUUGUACUGACAGAACUCAAGCCACAAUUAGAAGCAUCAGCAAAGGAAACAGCAGAGACAAUGAAGCAAAUAGAAACAGAAGAAGCGAGCGUCAAACAAGCAACAGUUCUUGUAAAGAGAGAUGAAAAUAUUACAAAUGCACAAGCCGAAGUCGCCAAGCAAUUGAAAACGGAGUGCGAAGCGGAUCUAGCUGAAGUUCUGCCAGCCUUGGAUGACGCAAUAGCCGCGCUCAACACGUUGAGACCUGCGGACAUUGCUGAGGUAAAAACCAUGAAAAGUCCUCCGGAAGUCAUCAAACUAGUAAUGGCUGCUGUAUGCGUGAUGAUGAAUGUAGCACCGAUUAAAAGUGAAGAUCCAAUCACUGGCGGCAAAAUCUUUGAUUAUUGGACGCCCAGCAAAAAGUUACUGGGUGACAUUAAGUUCUUGGAUUCUCUGCGACAAUACGACAAAGAUAACAUUCCAGAACAUAUAAUACAGGAAAUCAAAAAAACAUAUAUGACGGACAAAAAUUUUGAGCCAAAAGUCGUGGCGCGUGCUUCUCAAGCUGCCGAGGGUCUAUGCAAAUGGAUACGCGCGAUGGUGUUGUAUGAUGAAGUGGCAAAAAUAGUUGCACCGAAAAAAAUCAAACUUGCUGCCGCCGAAUAUGAUUACAAGAACACUCUUUCAUUUUUACGCGAGAGACGACAGACGCUAGCUGAAUUAAAUGAGAAGCUAGACAUUCUACGCAAAAAUCUCCAAGAGAUAAUGAAACAAAAGAUUCAUCUGGAAAAUGAGGUGACGACUUGUAGAAAUAAACUGAUCCGUGCGGAAAAGUUGAUCAGCGGAUUAGGUGGAGAAAAGGAUCGUUGGACUGCAAUCGCUGAAAAACUGCAAAUAUCGUAUGAAGCACUGCCUGGUGAUAUUCUAAUAUCUUGCGGUAUGAUUGCAUAUCUUGGACCUUUCACAGCCAUCUAUCGCAUCGAGUGUUUAGAAAAAUGGCGGAUGCAUGUAAUGAAUUCGAAUAUACCUUGUUCGCAAGAAUACAACUUUGUUGAAAUAUUGGGCUCGGAAAUCAAAAUUAAUUCUUGGAAUAUAUUUGGUUUGCCGCGAGACGCCUUCUCCACUGAAAAUGCCAUUAUAAUGGAUAAUUCGAAUAGAUGGAGUCUGUUUAUUGAUCCGCAAGGUCAAACCAAUAAAUGGAUCCGCAAUAUGGAAAAAACGAAUGAGCUCGAAAUCGUGAAAUUGAUCGAUUACAAUUACAUGGAUAUUAUCGAGCGCGCAAUUCAAUACGGUAAACCAGUUCUAAUCGAGAAUGUUCUCGAGCAAUUAGAUGCUGCGUUAGAUCCUAUACUAAUGCGAAAGACCUAUAAAUCUGGUGGAAUCUUGUAUAUUGUUCUUGGCGAGAAGAACAUUGAAUAUAAUCCAAAUUUUAGAUUAUACAUCACGACCAAACUUCGUAAUCCUCACUAUUCACCUGAAAUCUUUAAUAAGAUAACACUGAUUAAUAGCGCCUUGACGUUGGAAGCACUGGAAGAUCAAUUGUUGGGCAUUGUGGUUGCAAAAGAACAGCCGGAUCUACAAGAGAAACGCGAAUAUUUGAUUAUACAAAGCGCCUUAAACAGUAAGACUCUGAAAGAAGUGGAGGAUAAUAUUCUACAGAUACUUUCAGCUCCCGGCGUUAGCAUUCUUGAGGAUGAAAAAGCUAUCGAGAUUUUAGAUUCAUCAAAGAUUCUAUCAACCGAUAUUAAACGAAAGCAAGUAGCCGCAAAAAAAACAGCCUUACAAAUUGAAGAAUUCCGACAAAAUUACCAGCCAAUUGCCAAAUAUAGUGCAACGCUUUAUUAUUCUAUUGUCGAUCUGUCCAAUAUUAAUCCGAUGUAUCAAUAUUCAUUAUUAUGGUUUAUCAACUUGUAUAUCGUGUCCAUUGAUACAGCCAGCAAAAGUAAGAAUCUGGAAAGAAGGCUCGACUUCUUGCGUAAAAUGUUCACCUAUAAUCUCUACCAGAACAUAUGCAGAUCAUUAUUUGAUAAGAAUAAGAUUUUAUAUUCGUUUCUCUUAUAUACGACGAUUCUCUUGGCAUCGGGUGAGAUUACUGAGAAGGAAAUGUUAUUCUUUAUUUCUGGCGGCUUUGCGCUGAGUGAACCGGUGGCGAAGAAUCCCGCCAUUGAUUGGCUUCCUGAGAAAUCCUGGAAUGAAAUAUCGAAAAUCUCUAGCAUUCUACCGACCUUCGCUGAUUUUACGCAAAGUUUCCAAGAAAAUCUGCUGUCCUGGAAGGAAUAUUACGAUAUAUUAGAUCCAAUUGAUUCAUUUCUACCGCAGCCUUGGGAAACAAUAUUAACGCCCUUCCAAAAACUGAUCGUCAUAAGAAUGAUAAGACCGGAUACAGUACCGAUAAUGGUACAACGAUUCGUGGAAAAUGGAAUGGGUCUGUCCUUUGUGAUAGCUCCUCCUUUUAAUAUUUCGAAAGCAUACGCCGAUUCAAGUUGCUUGAUACCUCUUAUAUUUCUUCUGUCCGCUGGAUCCGAUCCUAUGGGCGAAUUAAUGAAAUUUGCAGAGAGCAUGAAUUAUUUGGAGCGUUUUGAAUCGAUUUCAAUGGGUCAAGGUCAAGGACCUAUAGCACAAAAAAUGAUUGAACGAGCUCAAACAGAAGGUUCCUGGAUUUGUUUGCAAAAUUGUCAUUUAGCGGCUUCAUGGAUGCCCAACUUAGAGAAAAUCUGUGAGAGCUUUGAUCACACAAAUACUCUAGCAAGCUUUCGUUUAUGGUUAACCAGUUAUCCGUCAGAUAAGUUCCCUGUUACCAUUUUGCAAGACAGUGUCAAGAUAACUACCGAGGCACCAAUGGGUUUACAAAACAAUAUCAUGAGAUCUUAUUUGAGCGAAGGAGCGAAAGAGAUGGAGUCUUUGGAAAGAGAUCAGUUGAAGAAGAGAACAUUCUUCAAAUUAUUAUACGCUCUAUGUUUCUUUCACGCGGUAAUUCAAGAACGACGAAAUUAUGGUCCCCAAGGUUGGAAUAUUCGAUACGAUUUCAACGAAUCUGAUUUGCAAAUAUCAGCUGAACAGUUGAAAAUGUUCAUUGAAAAUUACGAGGAUGUACCGUUCAAGGCAAUCACAUAUCUUACAGGUGAAUGUAAUUAUGGAGGUCGAGUGACAGAUGAGAGAGAUAGAAGAUGUCUCAUUACCAUCCUAAAGGAUUUUUUCAAUCCGGAUGUAAUUGCAAAUCCAAACUAUUCGUUUGCAGAUAUCGGUCCAGAAUAUACUAUACCGAAAAAACAUGGUUAUGAAGAUUACGUGCAACAUAUUCAAUUGAUUCCUUUAAAUCCAUCACCGGAAGUGUUUGGUCUUAAUAUAAAUGCAAGCAUAAUUCGUAAUCUCGAGCUCACGACAAACUUAUUUGAUUCUAUGAUAUUAAUACGGAGUGCCGUAAUCGUAGGCGAUGUUAGAAAGCAAGAAGAAAUUUUAUUAAAUAUGAAAAAGGAUAUAUAUGAAAGAAUACCAAAUUUAUUUGACAUUGAAGAAGCUCAAAAACGUUAUCCAAUCACGUACAUAGAAUCAAUGAAUACGGUGUUAGUCCAAGAAUUAGAAAGAUAUAACGAUCUUUUGACAGAAAUUCGAAAUAGCUUGACGACGUUGGAAAAAGCAGUAAAAGGAUUUAUAGUGAUGACACCAUUGUUAGAGGAAAUGGCCAACAAUAUGCUUAAUGCAAAAAUUCCGCUCAAUUGGAUUAACGCAUGCGCCUAUCCUACCAUGAAACGACUACCAAGUUUCGUUGAUGAUCUCAUAAAACGACUUGACAUAUUACAAAAUUGGUUAGAUGAUGGAAAACCAGCGAUGUUUUGGAUAUCAGGAUUCUCAUUUACGCAUGCCUUCCUUACUGCAAUUUCUCAAAAUUAUGCCAGAAAAUAUAAGAUACCAAUCGACAAAAUCGACUUUGACUUCGAGGUAAUUUCAACGCAGUCUAAAGAAACACCCAUCGAUGGAGCUUAUAUUUAUGGAAUGUUUUUAAGCGGAGCCCGAUGGGAUCUCCAGCGAAUGUUGCUGGCCGAAAGUUACCCAAAAAUACUGUGGGAUCCUAUGCCAAUUGUAUGGAUAAAACCCUGUGAAGUAGCACUUAUUCUUAUUGGAAAUCGAUAUGAGUGUCCGCUUUAUAUAACAUCGGCGCGUUUUGGUGUGCUUAGGACUACAGGACAUUCCUCGAAUUAUAUUUUAUCAAUUUUUGUAGACACAGAUUAUCCUGUGAGCCAUUGGAUUAAAAGAGGAUUAGCCUUACUUUGUCAGUUGGAUGAUUGA